AUGUCAGGGAGCGCGGGCUAUGACCGACACAUUACUAUCUUCUCAGACCAGGGCCGGUUAUAUCAAGUUGAAUAUGCCUUCAAGGCCAUCACAGCCGCCAACAUAACUUCAGUAGGAGUACGCGGGAAGGAUUGCGCAGUUGUUCUCUCUCAAAAGAAAGUGCCGGACAAGUUGAUUGAUCCCUCCUCUGUCUCUCAUGUCUUCAAGAUCUCGCCCUCCGUGGGAUGUGUUAUGACUGGCUCGAUAGCAGAUGCUCGGGCAUCAGUCGACCGGGCUAGAGGAGAAGCGGCAGAGUUCAGAUACAAGAAUGGUUACGAGAUGCCUUGCGAUGUGUUGGCUAAACGAUUGGCAAACAUCAACCAAGUCUACACACAACGGGCGUACAUGCGACCACUCGGCGUGGCUACAACCUUGAUCUCGGUCGACGAAGAGUUCGGCCCCCAACUAUACAAAUGCGAUCCUGCUGGGUACUAUGUGGGCUACAAAGCGACGGCGUCUGGGCCUAAGCAGCAAGAGGCGCUCAAUCAUCUGGAGAAGAAGCUGAAGAACAAGGAACAUGCUCCCGGCAGCUGGGAGGAAGUGGUGGAACUUGGAAUCAGCACUCUCAGCACUGUUCUGAGCGUUGAUUUCAAGAAAGGCGAAUUAGAGAUUGGCAUCGUGGGUGGGCCCAAGAACGACGGGAGUGAAGGCACCCAUAGGGAUUUCAGAACCCUAACAGAGGAUGAAAUCGAGGACCGACUUCAAGCCAUCGCGGAACGGGAUUGA